GGUCCUCCGAGAGAGAGAAAGAAAGAGAGAAGGAGAGAAUUAGAGAACGCACAGUUAGAUUGUCACAGGACACCGAAUAGGACAGGAGAAGUACUCCAGAUAUAACAAACUGAUCCUAGCCCCCCGACACAUAAACUACUGCAGCAUAAAUACUGGAGGCUGAGACAGGAGGGGUCAGGAGACACUGUGGCCCCAUCCGAGGACACCACCGGACAGGGCCAAACAGGAAGGAUAUAACCCCACCCACUUUGCCAAAGCACAGCCCCCACACCACUAGAGGGAUAUCUUCAACCACCAACUUACCAUCCUGAGACAAGGCUGAGUAUAGCCCACAAAGAUCUCCGACAUGGCACAACCCAAGGGGGUUGAUUUGAUGCUUUGCCUGUUUGAUGGCUCAUCGUACGUCAUAACGGGAUUUCUUGUAAGCGUCCGGAUUAGUGUCCCGCAUUUUGAAAGCGGGAGUUAUAGCUCUUCAUCGGAUGAAUCCUGGAACAUGUUCCAGCUUGUGCUAGCGAAACCGUCUUUUAGCUUAGCAUCCGCUUCAACAGACCACUUCUUUAUUGAGCACGUCACUGGUACUUCCUGUUUGAGUGUUUGCUUGUAAGCAAAGCACGUUUGAGUAGUUAGCGAGGUAACUUUGAUCAACUCUGAGUUAAAUUUGGAAUACGAAAGUGGCUCACAUUUAGCCAGCUAAAUUUCUAUAGCAACGAAUUCUUCAGAACUAAAGUGUUCCAGGCUGGCAAACUCACGACUAAUUCCACUUAACUCCAGUUUCCCUGAAUUAUAUGACUGAGGUACUAGGUGAGGACCAAUGCAAUCACAUUCCCUGCCCUUCAUUUGAGGAAGACAACUAUUUUAUUAAUGAAACAUUUUUUUUGUGUGUAAAAGAAAUACCAAUGUUAAAAUACACUGAGUGUACAAAACAUUAGGAACACCUUCCUAAUAUUGAGUUGCACACCUUUUUGCCCUCAGAACAGGUGUCGAAAGUGUUCCACAGGGAUGCUGUCCCAUGUUGACUCCUAAACUUCCCACAAUUGUGUCAAGUUGGCUUGAUGUCCUUUGAGUGGUGGACCAUUCUUGAUACACACGGGAAACUGUUGAGCUUGAAAAACCCAACAUCGUUGCAGUUCUUGACACACUCAAACUGGUGCACCUGGCACCUACUACCAUACCCCGUUCAAAGGCACUUACAUCUUUUGUCUUGCUCCUUCACCCUCUGAAGGGCACACAUAUACAAUCCAUGUGUAUAAAAAUCCUUCACUUCAUCUACACUGAUUGAAGUGGAUUUAACAAGUGACAACAAUAAGGGACCAUAGCUUUCACCUGGAUUCACCUGGUCAGUCUAUUUCAUGAAUAAAAGCAGGUGUUCCUAUUGUGUAUAUAACAUUACACGUUUAGGAAUGACGGAAUGCAUUUGAAACAUCCCACAAUACAAACACUUUUGUAUGACUUAAUGAACAUAUAUCGAUAUGAGUGGGUAAAACGCUGCUUGUGCAUUGACAAGCAAAGCACACCGAAGACGGCAUUACCGAUAAGCAUUCAAACAAAGACAAGACUUCUAAAAGCGUAUUUCACAUCGUAGCGUGAUGAAUUUGCAAGAUUUAUUUUCUUUCAUUUUUUAUUUCUGCGCAAAUUAAAAUGUGCCACUGACUUGCCCAUGGAUUGACGAUCCAGCAUUGUCUCAAUGAAGAGGUCGACAUUCGACUAGCCUCUGGCAUCACUUUGAAAGGGAACAAUCUGAGUCUCUGCUUCAUUCUCUUACCAUGGAAUUGCCCUAAUGUCUUAAUGUCACCUAACACAGUAUAAAAUCACUGAAGAAAACACUGCUGUCUAAUCAUUUAAAACAGAGCCUGUUUGUUGAAGCGUAAAUCCAUCUUAGAGCUGUAGUUUAAUUUAUUGUAAAUAAUGUGAAGUAAAUAAUACUGUUUUGUAUUCUGUAGAACCCUAUUACCAUCUUAUUGAUCUGUGUGAGACUUUAAUAAAUGUGUGUGUGUGCGCGAACGUGCGCGUGUGUGUGUUUUAAGCCCACAGUCUAAUCAAUGCUUAUCUUGGAAUUCAGAUCGACAUGCACAGUAAACAAGACUGCACUUAAGAAUGGCCACCAAAAAUGCAGUAGAUGGAGAGGCUGCCUUUUCAAAGAUGAAAACGGUUAUGGGUGCCACUGGCGCCUCGGGGUUAACUCGGACAGAGCUCUGCCCAGCUCAGAGAUGUACCAGCUGGACAUAGUGCUGAAGAGAGGACACAACCUGGCCAUACGGGACAGAGGAGGUACCAGUGAUCCAUAUGUGAAGUUUAAGCUGUGCGGGAAGGAGGUGUUUCGCAGUAAGACCAUCCACAAGAAUCUUAACCCUGUCUGGGACGAGGGGACUAAACUACUGGUGGACAGUCUGCAGGAACCUCUCUAUGUCAAGGUGUUUGACUAUGACUUCGGCCUUCAGGAUGACUUCAUGGGUUCAGCUUACCUCUACCUGGAGUCCCUGGAGCAACAGCGGGCAAUACCAGUUAAUCUAACACUGCAGGACCCUCACUACCCUGAUGUAGACCUGGGAACACUGGAGCUGACCGUCACCUUAAGGCCUAAAGACGGCUCCAUAGAGGAUCCGCACAGAGAUGCCACUACCAUGCUGCUCAAACGGACAUGGAGGCGAUCCAGUAAGCAGCAGUCCGUGCGUCUGGCAGAGCUGCACCGUAAGCACCAGCUGUGGAGAGGCAUCGUCAGCAUCUCUCUGAUCGAAGGUCGUGACCUUUGCCCCAUGGACCCCAACGGCCUCAGUGACCCCUAUGCAAAGUUCAGACUGGGAAACCAGAAGUACAGGAGCAAGACCAUGCCUAAGACGCUGUGUCCCCAGUGGAGAGAGCAGUUUGAUCUGCACCUGUAUGAAGAGACAGGAGGAGUGCUGGAAAUUGCAGUCUGGGACAAAGAUACAGGACGCAGGGAUGACUUCAUAGGACGCUGUACAUUAGACUUGUCCACCCUUGCUAAGGAACACACCCAUCGGUUAGAGCUGGCGUUGGAGGAGGCCCGGGGUUCUGUGGUGCUGCUGCUCACUCUGACAGCCUCCUCACACGUCUCCAUCGCCGACCUGUCACUCACCCCGCUCGACGACCCCAUCGAACGCAAGGAGAUCAUGGGCCGAUAUGGCAUGUUCCGGCCCCUGUCUAACCUGAAAGAUGUGGGGAUAGUUCAGGUCAAGGUGAUGAGAGCUGAGGGCCUCAUGGCUGCCGAUGUCACAGGUAAGAGUGAUCCUUUCUGUGUGUUGGAGCUGAAUAACGACCGGUUACAAACACACACCAUCUACAAGAACCUCAACCCGGAAUGGAACAAAGUCUUCACCUUUAAUGUGAAGGACAUCCACUCUGUGUUGGAGGUGACAGUGUUUGAUGAAGACCGAGACAGGAGCGCUGACUUCUUGGGCAAAGUGGCCAUCCCACUGUUACAUAUCCAGAAUGGAGAACAGAAGGGUUAUGUAUUGAAGAAUAAGGAGAUGACCGGACCAACGAAAGGACUCAUCUACCUAGAGUCUGACGUCAUCUAUAGCACUGUGAAGGCAGGCUUGAGGACGAUAGUUCCACCAGAGCAGAAGUACAUUGAGGAAGAACCCAAAGUGUCUAAACAUUUGCUCCAGCAGAACUUUAACCGAGUGAAGAGGUGCAUCUUGUUCGUGAUAAACAUUGGAACCUUCAUUAACAGCUGCUUUGAGUGGGAGUCACCUCAGAGGAGCAUCAGUGCCUUCCUGUUCUUUGUGGUAGUAGUGUGGAACUUUGAGCUCUAUAUGGUGCCUGGAGCUCUGCUGCUGCUGUUGACGUGGAAUUACUUCAUCACUGCAGGCAGGGAGUCGGGAGACACGGCAGGGGAAGCCACGUUCGAGUGGGAGGAAGAGGAAGAGGAGAAAGAUGACAAGGAUUCGGAGCGUAAGGGCUUCAUGGAUAAGCUGUAUGCCCUCCAGGACGUGUGUGUCAGUGUACAGAGUGCCUUGGAUGACGUGGCCUCCUAUGGAGAGAGGAUAAAGAAUACAUUUAACUGGACAGUGCCUUUCCUGAGUCGGCUGGCCAUAUCUGUUCUGUGUGUGGCUACAGUCCUCCUCUACCUCAUCCCUCUGCGAUACCUCGUGCUCGCCUGGGGUGUGAAUAAGUUUACUAAGAAGCUCAGGAAUCCGUACCUGAUUGAAAACAAUGAGGUGCUAGACUUCCUCUCUAGAGUCCCCUCAGACGUACAAGUGAUGCAGUAUCGGGAGCUGAAGCUCGAUCCAGGACAGAGCCCCAGCAAACGAAAGAAGACCAACCCUGGCUAGACACACACACACACACACACUGGACUCUGUCUCUGAGGGAUUUUCAACUCCCCCAUACUUUGUAAAUAGGGUCCAAACACUUCUGAAUUUUUCAAACGGAAAGACUCCCUUCUGGAGACGUGUGUUCUUUCCUCCGACUAGAUACCUGGACACCUGGAUACCUGGACAACUGGACAACUGGACAACUGGACACCUGGACACCUGGACACCUGGACACCUGGACACCUGGACACCUGGACACCUGGACACCUGGACACCUGGAUACCUGGAUAGGAUCAGCACAGGGACACACUAGCCUCCAGGACUAUGUUGCCAGUUAUAAUAACAUAGUUUUUAAUAAAGAUUUCUACAGAGAUAUAUACAAAUAUAUGUAUGUGUAUAACGAAGAGUAUGUAUUUAUAUCAAAGAGCAUAUACGUGUGUACUGUGUAUGGUUGUCAAAUCAAAUCAAACAAAAAUAUUGAUCACAUACACAUAUUUAGCAGAUGUUUUUGCGAGUAUCAAAAUGCUUGUAUAACAGAAAGAAAUACUUCAAAGUUGCUAUUGGCGCCAUCUUGGCCCUAGUCUGAAUUUCUGCAGGUUUGUUUUUAACGUACAGAGAACAGUGAGUCUUCUUGUAAAACUCUUCUGUUUCUUUGGUCCAGACACAGUUUUUAUAUGAGCAUCUGCCAUUGAAUACCCCGAAGAACAUGGCUGACGUUUUACAUUCUCCCAACCAAUUGUGCUAUUUUGUUAUUUUUUUUGUAACUUAUUUUUUAAACUUAUUUUGUACAUAAUGUUGCUGCUACUGUCUCUUAUGACCGAAAAUAACUUCUGGACAUCAGAAAAGCGAUUACUCACCUCAGUCUGGAAGAAACUUUUUCCUUUAACAGGUCCGACGAGAAGGAUGUCCUGCUUUCACUGGAACAGGCCUUGAUCCUCGCCUUUUGCUUGAAAAAAUGACGCCGGAAAAGGGGCCGCAGAUCGGGGGAUCCUUCUGAGAAUCCGGAGGUGAACGAGUAAACUCCCACUGCCUUCCAUUCUUCUCGCUAACGUGCAAUCAAUGGACAAUAAAAUUGGCGACCUACGAUAAAGAUGAUCCUACCAACGGGACAUUAAAAACUGUAACAUCUUAUGUUUCACAGAGAUGUGGCUGAACGAAGAUACGGACAAUAUAGAGCUAGCAGGAUUUUCCAUGCACCGGCAGAACAUAGACGCUACCUCUGGUAAAACGAGCGGUGGGGGUGUGUGUCUUUUUGUCAAUAACAGCUGGUGCGCGAUGUCUAAUAUUAAAGAGGUCUCGAGGUAUUGCUCGCCUGAGGUAGAGUACCUUAUAAUAAGCUGUAGAGCACACUAUCUACCAAGAGAGUUCUCAUCUGUAUUAUUCGUAGCCGUCUAUUUACCACCACAAAAUGAACCUGGAACUAAGACCGGUCUCAACCAACUCUUUAAGGCCAUAAGCAAAGAAGAAAAUGCUCGCCCAGAAGCAGCGCUCCUAGUUGCCGGGGACUUUAACAACGUCUCCCUCAAUGUGAGCAAGACCAAGGAGCUGAUCGUGGACUACAGGAAAAGGCGGGCCAAACAGGCCCACAUUAACAUCCAUGGGGCUGUAGUGGAGCGGUUCGAGAGUUUCAAGUUCCUUGGUGUCCACAUCACCAGCGAACUAUCAUGGUCCAACCAUACCAAGACAGUUGUGAAGAGGGCACAACAAAACCUUUCCCACCCAGACUCCAGCCACCCAAGUUAUAGACUCGUUUUCUCUGCUACUGCACGGCAAGCAGUACUUGAGCACCAAAUCUAGGACCAAAAGUCUCAAAAGUCAGCUUCUACCCCCAAGCCAUAAGACUGCUGAACAAUUCAUAAAAUUGCCACUGGAAAAUGUACAUUGACCACCCCCCUCCCUUUUGUACACUCGCUGUUUGUUUGUUACCCAAGCAUAGCCACUUCGCCCCCACCUACAUGUACAGAUUACCUCAACUAGCCCCUGCACACUGACUCAGUACCGGUGCCCCCUGUAUAUACUUGUUUUUGUUAUUGUGUUACUUUUAUUAUUACUUUUUACUUUAGUCUACUUGGUAAAUAUUUUCUUCUUGAACUGCACUGUUGGUUAAGGGCUUGUAAGUAAGCAUUUCACGGUAAAGUCUACACUUGUAUUCGGCGCAUGUGACAAAUACAAUUUGAUUUGAUUUGACUGAACUUGGACUGCUAGCAGAAUCAUCUAGGGAGUCAAUGCAUUCUAACUUAGAAUGCUGAAGGUUAUUUUACAAUGUCAGUGUCUCGCAUGAAUCUGAACCUGUGAGAAAGGGCAUUUGUGUAUGUGAUAUGUGGAGUGCAUAGUCAUUGUGUGUGUUGCAUGAGUGUGCGUCGCAUCCCGAAGUCAGUACAAAGGCGUGUAUUUGCAUUUAUCCCAAGAAUAGUCUUUUUCUUUAACAUCAACUCCAUCAAAGGUUUCGUCCUGGUUCUCAUGUGAUUUGACCUGAUCAGGAGUUUAACCUGUGAUGUGUGUGUUUAUAAACAUUCAUUGGCUGAUCAUGGGUUGAAUGUGAACUGACAGUGUGCUCUUAUCGGAGAACACGUCCGUGAAAGGUUUAUGACCACAGGUUUACCAUAGAGUGAGGUCACUGCACACGUUGGUGGUGUCCACAAAAAGUACCCGAUGAAAUAAAGAGGACAGAGACUCACACCUGGAAAAGUAUAUGCUUUGUUUUAAUAAAGAAUCAGUAGAGGAAUAGCAGGUUUACAACAUGAGCUCGGUUGGCUGAAGCCAAAAUCAUGAGAUCAUCCUCUGAUAAUGUUGGUGACUGUGAAAUACAUUUGUAAUGUUUAAUUUUCUGUCUCUGUCUGCAUAGACCAUGUUCAUAAAUUACUGUUGUACCGCUGUGACUGUUAAUGCCUGAUGCUGAAGGAAUUCUGUAUGGUCUGCCUGAAACAGUAUAUAAAAGACCAUGUAACUGGAGCAAAAAUCAUUUGUAUAGAGAGUCUUACUGUGGGUGUGCUCAGAGGCGGAAGGAUCGUGGGAACAUUUCCUGCUACUGGGGUGGCGCUACAUGCGCAGAGCCAUAAUCUAAAUAUAUGGCUCUGGGUGUGCUGUUCUCUCUCUGCUUAAUAAACCACGUUUACAUCUACA